AUGGGUCCUUUUGACGACCUUGAUGAUGAACAAAGGAUCAGCAUCGCUAAUGAACACCCCAACGAUCUCGAGUCUGGGCCAUCCUCUCCGUCCUCGCCACCCAGCUACCUCCGUCCUCGUCGUCAGAAUGGAGGCUCAAGUAACCACCUCCUCGCUCGUCUCAUCGCUCGCGAUGAUGAGGUCCGCGAAAUCAAUGCUCUCCUAGUCGUCACUUCAGAACGUCUUGAAACAGAGUCUAACCGGGCUAACAGCUCAGAACGCCGUGCGCUCGAAUACUUCAACCGAUUGCGUCAGGCAACUGAAAAUCGUGAGCGAGCUGAACAGGAUUUAGCUCGUCAUCGCGAGGAGUUGAAGCUGUACAAGCUCCAGCUUGAAAUGCACAAAAGGAGAUUUUUCGGGCACAGGAAUAUCAUUAAUCAGGUUUCUGCUCAGAAGUGUGAAGCCGAGGCGGAUGCUGCGAGAGCCAGAACCAAAGCAAGGAAGUUGCAGGAAGAGAAGAUGAUGAUGAUUGCCCACGGAGGAUGGCAGGCGGCGUGGUUACAAAGAGGGCCUAACAAUCGGACGUCGGCUCGGCUUCGACGAAGGAACCACGAUAAGAUAUGA